AUGGAGUUAAUCAUUUUGAAUUUUAGAUAUUAUUGCAUAUUUCUAUCAUUGGCUUUUUGGGCAUCUCUAAACUCAACAUGUCGAGGCAGUACAGAAAAUUUUAGGACAAAGAGACAAAUCAACAGCCUCCCUUUGGUAUUUCCCUAUGGUGGAACAUAUAAGCUCCUGAUUGGGAUGGCUUCACCUGUGCCGAGUGAUGAUUAUGUUAGUCUGGCAUUUGCAAUAAAUUUUCAAUAUCAGUAUGUACAAUUUCAAAAUAUAACACAAUUGUCGCAGUAUUACGUUUUUAACAAGGUCGAAAGAGAACAGAGAGAUAUUGACCUCGAAGAGCGGAAAGAUGAAAGACUUGUGUUUUAUAAAGCAGCAGCGGAUAUGUUACAAAUGAAAGGCAUGAACGGUGUGGACUGCGUUAUGCGUGCAAUUUGUGAAGCAGCGCAAUAUCCAAUGAAUGAAGAGGGUCUUGUUGGCGAAGUUAUUCAUAUUUUACUAACGCCAGAUUACGGUCGAUCACCGUUUGAAGAAAACGAUCCAGAAUGGUAUGAUAUGAUGUCUCCGUAUAUAGAUGCAGCCAUUGCUGGACGACAGAUGUUCAACUGUGCUUCUAUUUACAAUAACUGUCCUGAAGGUCAAGGUGUAUUGGAGUUGAUUUCCAAGCUGAGAGAUGAAUAA